CUAUUUGUAAACGCAGGAAUUUUACGAUUAGAAAACGAGCACCAUUCAGAUAAAAACGAAACUUUAGAUGUCGAAGAAACUAUAUAUAUCUCGUUGAAACCAAUAUUUCACUAGUUGUAGAUCUAUUCUUCGAUCGAUCGAAAAUGUUGAAUAUUUUUGUAUUAAUAGCACUUUUUGCAAGCGUAAACGGCUUAAAUUUCGAUCAUUUUUCAUCAAUUGGAAAUUCUCAGCAAAGUUAUGGAAAACAAGGAUUUAGCAGUGGAAGUAGCUUAAAGCAUAUUGCCCAAGGUUCGGCUGAAGAAGCUCAUAAUGCCGCUGCUAACCAACACACCGCAGCUAGACAAGCAGCUUUUGUAGCUAAAAGUUCUUUGGCACAAACUGCAAUAAAUGCUGCCGCUCGAGCCCAAACAGCAUUGACGGGAAAAGAAAUUCUUCGCCGCACAAUUCAAGAACAAGUAGACGACACUCACCAACAACUCAUAGCAGAGCUUCAACAACUUAGUUUAGCCCAAAGAGCCGUUGCAGCAGCCGCCGAAGCUUACCAACAAGCCCAAAAGCAAACAAACACUUUAAACGCGGCUUUAAAUGCUGCCCAAGGUACUUUAGUCCACGCUCAAGACGCUUUAACUCAAGCACAACAAGAAGCCGCGUCGCAAAAGGCAAUGGUCAGAAGAGCCAAACAAGAAUUAAACUCUUUAGUUCAACAAUUAGAGGCAAUUAAUAGCGAUUAUAAAGCCACCAGAACCGCUGCACAAAAAGCCGAAGCCUUCGCCCAAAAAGCCCAAGCAAAUGCAGCUAAAGCCGCGGCUGUAGCAAACGCUUCUGUUAAAAAUCACGGAUUUGAUAUCUCUGAUUCUUCAAGUUUUGAUACUUAUGUUCAUUAAAAAAUGUAUUUUA